AACUCUUAGAUGAGUGAAUGACUUUUGUGCGAACCGUCUUAUAAACUUUGGUGAAACGGCGAUAGUUUGUUAACCGUCCUCCAGGUGCCUUAAUCACUUCCGUUCAUCAUGGCUCGCUUCUUCAAGGAGCAGGACAUCGACGAGUAUCGCGACUGCUUCUAUCUGUACGCUCGGGACGGGACCAUCAAGACGCUGGACGAGCUGUCGGUCGUCAUGCGAUCCCUCGGCUCCAGUCCCACCAUCACCGAACUUCGACAAUACCUCAAAGACAAAAACGGACGGAUGACCUUCGCCAACUUCCUAGAAGUGAUGCACAGCCAUUCGACCAAAGAGCGGAUCCCGGACGAGAUUCUGAAGGCGUUUCAGGCGUACGACACUGGGAGAAAGGGCGUGAUAUCGGCCAAGGACCUCCGCCAUCUCUUGCUUCAUUGGGGGGAAAGGCUCAGCCCGCGCGAAGUGGAACAGCUGUUCUGGGAAGCGAAGGUGAAUCCUGGUGGGACCGUCAAGUACAAGGAUUUCGUGAAGAUUCUCACGGCUCCUGUUCCUGAUUAUUACUAGGUUCCACAUUUCACAUUGUCUUCUAUGUUCGAUUCCAUUUUUCUUGCAUUCACGUCCAAGGAACCAAAGAUGCACGAGAAGAAAAAUAUUUUACGAAAUAAUGUUAUCAGUAUGACGUUGUAGCAACGACGAGUGAAAAUGAAGGUGAUGGAUAAGAC